CACUACUAUAUAACAAAUAAUUUGAGCCAUGCAAGAGAUCAGCAACGUGGGGAUCGCUGUUCUGGUUUUGGGAACCAUCUUGAUAUCCGUUCUUCUCUUUCUCGUGUUGAUGGGUAAUCAUUCCAACCUCGAAAAGAGGUUGACGAAGUGUGUGAUGGGGACAUCGUACUUAAUUGUACUUAUAGCAAUCACUUUUUGCAAAAGAGAGAGCUUUUGGGCAAGAGCAAGUGUUGAAAAUGUAAUGAUACGGGUGUGGGCGUCCGAUCUGCAGGACUAUGAAUCAGACAUAGGCGUGCAUUUGGGACUGCGAGGGAUCAAUAUCACACUAAAAGUCAAAGCACAUGUUUCAUCAGAGAGACCAGAAUUUGCCUUUAACGAGCGCUUUGAGUGGGCUUGGGGUACGAAAAACAGUAUGGAAGACGGAAGCAAUCCUUACAAAAGAACACUUAAAAGUGCUGUAAGAAAAGGUCUCCCACUCCCUAUACACGACCUAGCUGAGAGCUUUGAGACUUACGGAACAUUGGGGCCAGCCUCAGCAGGGCUGGGAGUCCACGAGGCCGGCUUUUUUACUGACCUCUUUUUAACACUUUCUCUUGUAUCAUGGAUAAUAGCAGGAGUCCUCCCCCCUCUAUCACUCUACGCUAGCCUCCACGCCGCCUGUAUUUCUCUUUUCUCCCUCGCGCUUUCACUGUUUCUUUACGUAGUGAUAUUCUACUCCUCUGACGUUAUGUGGAAGUCACAAAGGUACUUCCAGAGUGCUCAUGAGGACUCACAAGUUGAAUUCUACCUCAGGUUUUCUUGGGGCUUCUACAUAAACCUAAUCAUGUUUGUGGUAUCAUUGUUUCUGUGUUUCGGCCUUCGACAGUGGGCGGUGAUGGUCAGAAUAAAAGAGACAUGGAAGAUGCAGCAAGAGGUAGACGAGAUCAAGGAGCUGAGGAACAAGGGUGACGACAAGAGGAACCGUCCACGGGGAGUGCACAGUCGCAGCAGCUUUAAGAAAGUUUUUAAGAGAAGGCUCACAGCUACGUGGUCUAGAGGAGAGAGCCAAUGCAAAGAUGUCUGUCCUGGAGUGAGCGCAGUUCCUCUGAGCGAAGUAAUCGAGACCUUGGUUGCAGAGUCAAGCUCAAAAGAAAGGUCAUCAAAUCCGAGGAAAGCUGUCAUCUGCGAGAACAAAAACGCGGAAGCAGCAACCAGAGUACGAAAGUAAGCAUGCAUUCUGCAGAUGUUCGACAGUGCGACCUAGACUACACUGGUCCUGACAGCACGAUGGUAUACGGCAUCGCUACCGACCCCAGAUACGGCAUCGCUACCGACCCCAGAUCUAACAUGCUCCCCGCAGGGGGUGCAAGCACGUCACGGAAAAAGAGUCCUAUCAACAAGAUGGACAUUGUAUGUGAGGAUCCGUUAGCUUGAGUGCUACCAUGGCAACACUACCAUAUAAGGCUUGAGUUGACUUAGAGUUAGAUUAUGCAGAUCCACAAACAAGCCACAAGGAUGUUUUUAUUUAAUGAUAGGCAUGCAAGGAUUUAAAAAGGUUAUAAUUCUUUAGUUCAGGACACCUGAUUCAGAUAACAAGGACCAUGGCCUGAAAAUAACACGCUAUUGAUUUGAGAAUGUCGUGUUAUUAUCGAUUGUGAAAUGUGAAUUUAUUGUUUUCAAUUCCAAUAUA